GGCAGCGCUCCCGGCUCGGGCACAGCAGGUGGAGGGGCCGCCGGGCAUGGAGGGGCUGAGGCAGCGCUGCCCGCUGCCCCCCGCCGGCCAGGGCUGCCCCCGGCCCGGCCGCGGCACCGCGCUGCUGUGCUGAGGAAUGUCCCUCCAGCCACAGACAAUGCAGUGCUGCUUUCCCAAGGGCAGUGCUUCACCUCCCACCUCCCCUGGCCUUCUCUCCGAGGUGCUGCUGCUGCUGCUGCUGCUGCUGCUCCUGCACCCCCUGCUCCAGAGCCUGGCUCUGCAGCUGCACUCGGCUCUCACGGGCAGCUACGUCCCAGGGACACACUCCGUGGCCUUUGUCACCUGCCUCAACGAGCACAUCGCCAGGGACAUCGCCAGGGCCAUCAUGGACAGGAGGCUGGCUGCCUGCGUGAGCAUCCUGCCCAAGAGCUCGGCCCUGUAUUUCUGGAAAGGGGAACUGGAAGAAUCCACUGAAAUACUGCUGUUGGUGAAAACAAGGACGUCCAAAAUAGGGGAAUUGUCCAACUACGUCAGAUCCAUCCAUCCCUUUGAAAUCCCCGAGAUCAUCAGCCUGCCGAUCGACCAAGGAAACCCUGGCUACCUCCAGUGGAUGGAGGAGAACGUCCCGCGGCGCUGAGAGGCGCCGAGUGCGGCUCGUUCUCGGGGAGCCGCGCCGAGGCUGCUUUUAUCCUCUGGGGUUUGCUGGGACACGGGAGCUUGGGACAGGGAGAGCUCCGCUCCUCAGCCUGCCCCGGGAGCGCUGGGCAGCCCGGAGCUGGCACAGGCUGAGCUGGGAAGAGCUGCCUGCACCCAAAGCCGUGCCUGAGGAUACGGGGAGAUGUCCCUGCCAGGACACUCGGGGCUGCCUCAGGCUGUCAGCAGCGAAUUCCAGCCGGGAGCCAUGGCCUGGCAGCCCCUGCGGUGCUGUGUGUCCCCAGAGCCAGCCCGGAGCCCUGCCUGGCCCCCCAGCAUCCUGCUCGCUGUGCCCCAGCCCUGCCUCCCCUGGCAGCCCAGGGAAGGAGCAAAGCCCAGCAGGAUUCAGCUCUGCCUGUCACAGAGAGCUGGGAUGAGCUGGGUGGGCAGUUCAGGAGCACGGCACUGCCCUGGCACUGUGUCCUACCCCCACCUGAGCUGUGCUUUCUGCCAAGCUGGGCUUUGUAAAAGGAUCCUCAUGUUAAUGGUUUCUGGGACAUAACUUAGGGGAUGUUUUUGGGUUAUUUAUGGGACUGGGAAGGGAAUAAACAGGAGUUUCUUACCUGGG